AUGUUCACAUCUCAGCCGCUCCACGUGGCCGCCGCCGGCACCAGCGUCGCGGACAGCCUCACCGACAGCAUGGACGAGACCUCGGAGUCCCCCCUCGCUGUCGCCUACCAGGGCGUCCCAGGCGCGUACAGCGAGGGGGCCGCCCUCAAGGCUUGUCCGGGGUGGCAGCCGCUGCCCUGCGAGCAGUUCGAGACAGCGUUCCAGGCCAUCUCGCAGUGGAUGGCGGAGCGCGCCGUUCUGCCCAUCGAGAACUCCCUCGGCGGCAGCAUCCACCAAGUGUACGACCUGCUGCUGCGGUACCGGCUGCACAUCGUCGGGGAGGUCGCGAUCAAGGUCAACCACUGCUUCAUGGCGCUCCCGGGGCGGUCGAAGAGUGACGUCAAACGCGUGAUCUCCCACCCACAGGCCCUGGCGCAGUGCGACGGAUACAUCCGCUCCCUCAACGGCGUCGUACGCGAGGCCGUGGACGACACGGCGGGCGCGGCGCAGGCCAUCGCGCAGGGCAAGCUCCAGGACACUGCUGCGAUUGCGUCCCGCCGCGCGGCCGAGCUGUACGGCCUCGAGAUCCUCGAGGAGGGCAUCCAGGACAACAAGGACAACGUCACGCGCUUCAUCGUGCUCUCGCGGGACCCCCUCGUGCAGAAGGCCGCGCAGGGGUCCGCGGCCAUGAAGACCUCGGUGGUCUUCUCGCUCAGCGAGGGCCCCGGGCAGCUGUUCCGCGCGCUGUCGGUGUUUGCGCUGCGCGACAUCGACAUGACCAAGAUCGAGUCGCGGCCGAUGCGGACGAACCCGAUCCUGGGCGGCGCGAAGGCGGAGGCGUCCGCGGCGGGCUCGAGCCACCGGCGGAUGAACUACCUGUUCUACGUGGACUUCGUCGGGUCGCUAGCGGACGAGAAUGCGCAGAACGCGCUGCGGCACCUGCAGGAGUUCGCGCCGUUCCUGCGCGUGCUCGGGUCGUACCCGAUGGACACGACUCUCUCCGAGGAGUGA